AUGGUCAUCUUGGACGAUGCCGUGCUUAACAGCGACCCAGACACUGUACUAUCACAAGCUAGUAUAGCUCAGGUACGGUCCCUUGAAAAAAAGACACGAGUGGCAAUUGAGACACAAAAGAAAGAAUUACGAGCCAGAGUUGGUGAACAAUAUCUAGAUCUCAUCUCAGCAGCUGAUUGCAUUAUUGCAAUGAGCAAGAAUGCUAACAAGAUACAAGAAAAGUUGCGACGAAUGCAAUCAGUGUGUGAUGGUCAUGCUGUGCGACAAAAAGCAGCUCUUGUACGGGACAGUCACCCGGUUACAGGUCGACAACAGCGUCCAGUGUACACAUUGGCUGCAUUAAUUAAGUCACUGGCAGACGUACCUGAACAAAUAUGGCACGCAUUAGAACAUCACCGAUAUCUACAAGCAGGCCGAUUGUACACACUCGCAAAAGUAGUUCAUGAUUACCUCUUGGAAGAAUCUGACUGCAAACCUGUUGAUACAAAUGCUGCGUUUCCAGUUAUUCGCCGCCAAUGGGAUGCCAUAAACUUCUUUAUGCCUCAGAUUGUGCACAAAGCCACACUUCAUUUACGAGUUACAGAACAAUCUGGUGAACAUGUAGCAGAAGACCUUUUGGUAUUAAUGCUACUGGAUCAAAGGACUUAUACAACAAGUCUAGAAGAACUGUUUAGGAUGCGUACUCAGGGAAUUAAAGACACAAUCCAUACUUCUCUUAAGUCUUCUGUAGCCGAAACAGCUGAGCAGCGUCUUGGUUCCCAUUUGCGAGACAUCAUAUACGCCAUCCAACGCACGCUUGCACACAUUGACACUAUUGCGUUUACUAGCUCCCCCAGCGCCUUUGAAUUAUAUGCCCGCGACAUGGAAACAAAUUUUUCUCUUCCAAACCCUUCGUCUCCUAACAAUACCCCCUUGCCUGCGAUCACGUCUGUAUUUUCGCCUAGUACAAACGCGCAUCUCUUGGUACGAUACUUGCCAGAAUCGGUACAGCAGUACACGCCCACAUUGGCAGAUGAUCCUUUGGAUCUUGGCUCAAUCCGGCAGAUGGCUGAAGAGUGGCUUAAAGAAAUACAAAAUGUACUGACAAGCCCACUACCGGAAAUGCUUGGGCCUCUGGAUACCCAGCACAAGCUGGUGCAGGCUCGUUCAAAGGUGUGGCAACUACUUGAAUCUCAAGACUCGUCUUGGAAGCAAGUAUGUUCCCGUGUACUAGGUCACUCUUAUUCGUUGUGGGAUUGCCUGUUUAAAGAUUCGUUCGAUGGGCAUGCAAAACAUUUGAUUGACAAAGCUCUCAAAACCUUGUCCGAUCAGCCCACGAUCAUUCUUUCACCAUCUCUGGUCACUAAGCAAUGUGGAGAUUUCUCAACAUCCCUCUGGCCUUCCAAUAAGUCUCGGUCCGCAGCAUCCGAUAGUUUGCUGAGUCUAUCUUCUGUUGCAGACAUGGGUGCAUUCAAACUUACUCUCACCAAGUUGGCCCAGGGCGAGACUUCGUGGAUUGAGCAAGGAUAUAAUGCGUUUGAGACUACGUUGGACACUAUCCGUAAAGACCAGGAGGCUCAUGCAUCAUUUGCCAGCCAAGACUCGUUUGAUGCUAAAAAGAGUACUCAGCAACUCUGGUCUUACUUUCAAUCAAACGUUAUACAAGCCAUAUCUCAAUAUUGCUCAAGUCUACGUGCCUUAUUAAACCAAGUAACCGAAUGGAAAGACAACAAGAAAGCGAGUGAUGCAUCAUUAUUGAUCGGUAGAUUGGCCCGGUCUUUGGCUCAGCAUUCCCAAUCUCUUCCAUUGGCCCUCACCACUCUUUCAAGCCUUAAGCUUCGUAGUGCAAUCGAUAAAGAUCCAAGCUACACUGGUCUGCAAAAUGAUUUUAUGCGGUUAUUCGAGGAGGCGCAUACUCCCUGGGUCAAAAGGGUGGCUAGUUGUUUUGAAAUAUUGGUUGAUGGGGCACUCAAGAAUACAGCAUGGGAUGAUCACUGUGCAGCAGUUAUGUUGUGGGAAGACACAGAAGAGGACAAAGAAGAACAGAGAGAGGGCCCUUUACCAAGCCAGGCAACACACCCAACUGUACGGGCCCUGUUUAGUGUUUGUGAGGAAAUGCAACGUAUCCAGAUGAUGCUGCUGAACAAAAAGGUUGUACAGACGCUUGUUAAUCAAUUAUUAGCUGUAUUGCAAGAGACACUUGAUGUGUUUUUGGAAGAUCGAGUAAUGACAGAAAGAGGUGCACUCCAGUUGAUGUUUGAUUUACAAUUCAUGGGAUUUGUACUACGCCAAGGAGGACGGCUUAAUCUUGAUAACGUUAAGAAACAUAUUGAUCCAAUCAACUGGGCUGCAUUUUCUCCCCACUUUGAUGUUCGGAUAGAGCGGUUUUAUUUAAAGCAGACAUUGUUCUUGCACACACUUGCAUGCUCCAAUGGAGAAAUAUUUGAGAGUAACAAGGCAGUAACCAAAGGACUGGUCCAGCAGAACCAACCCAAUGUACUUCCUAUGGUCUCCACAACCACUCGAUUUACACUCUUACCUAUAGGUCAAUUGACCCAUGCCUCUAGAGCAUGGUAGAGAAUAGUAAUCUCCUUACACCUACACAUAGAUGCAUUUCUUAUAAGAAUGAUCUUGAUCUUUAUUUUCUUAAAUCAUAUUUUUCAGUUACCUGUUUGCUUGUGAAGGGGAUGGUGACAAUAUAAUAAUCACAUGAUUAUUUUUCUUUUCUUUUUUUUUCUCUGCCUUGUAUUAUAAAUAUUCUAUAUAUAUAUACUGGUUUGAGAUAAGUCAAAAUAAAAUAAAACAG